AUGUUAAAGAAGGAUGAUGACAUCAUAUUCAGGCAAACAGAACAAUAUAACGGCUGUUUUGUGGCCUUGUCCUCUUUGCAAGGGAAAGCUGGUCUCCAGCAGAAAGGAAACCAGGAUAAGCUCCGGCCUGAUGGGCCACUUGGCUCAUAUGCAGACUUUACCUUUACCUUUUACUACAAUGAUGUAGAAAGUGAUGGUAGUUUUGAGGGUACAGUUGAGUCUGGUAAUGUUUGUAAAACUUUGACAACAGACACAAACUUUGAUCCAUCUACCCAUGACCAGCCAUCUGCUAAAACCCCACUGUAUCCUGGAAGUUCUAUUACACUUUUACAAGCUGUUGCUUCUCAGUUUUUGUGGUUUUCUUCAAAUCCUGGUAUUAGUAAAGAGAGUCUCUCUUAUCAAUUCAGUGUUCAGAAGUGUCUCCUUCCACCAGGGAACCUGUUACUGAGUAACUAUGAUGAGGCAUACUCAAUUAUUAAACCUUUUCUUGUAGAAAGCUUUUGCUUUCAUGCCUGUCCUCGUGACUGUGUUCUGUUUAGGGACACUGACAAUCACAAGUAUAGCACUCUGGUGAAAUGCCCUAAAUGUGGGUCAGAUCGAAACAGAUCAAGGGAACCUGAAACUCUUCAGCCAUAUCUUGACUUGCUUGUUGACGAGUUGUUACAGCUGUCUGGCAAAUCUGUUUACAAUUUAUACAGCAAGGCACCAUUUCUGCUCAAGUGUGAGAUGUCUUAUGUUCUCAAUUAUCCUGGUGUGGGUAAGGUUUUCCAUGUCUUUGGUUCAGGAGCCUAUAAGGGAUGUGUUCCUGGUGUGAAAUUCAAGAUAAGUAUUGCAUAUCCUGUAAAUUGGUAUAAAAAGUCAUUAUUCCUCAAUGCAUAUUCCCAUUUUCUUUGUGUAUUUGAUGUCAAUCUCUCUUCUUUCCUUAUACGUGUUUAUCGUAAGCACCUUCACAAGAUGGUGUAUAUGGAGAACAGAUCUUUCCUCCCCAACGACCACGCUCUCCACAAUGAUGUUCAAAGGUUUCCAUGCAGAGCGGGGGAAAACAAAUCAUGUGCAUCUUCCAAACCUGUGACCCCUGCCUACAGGGAACUGGUAGAGAAACAUGCAAUUUAUGAUCAAGCCAAAUCGAAUACGGAAAGGGCAUUUCUUGCAAAGUCGUAUUGGUGCAAAGGUAGGUAUGCUCUCAUGAGGCUACCAAAUCAUGACUGCACCACACUAGUACAACCUGAUGCAAUGCACACCAUCACCAAUGUCAUCACCACUCUGGUGGGGCUGCUAUCAGGUAAUGCCAAUAUCAGCCAGGUGCUCCUUGAAGAGGAAGAGUUUGGGCGGAGAGAAUGGUACCGUGAUGUGCAGACAGUUAAAGGUACGGACAUAAACAUUUGUAGGAUUUUUAAUGUAAUUUAAGGGUAGUGUUCAUGACAACAAUUUAUGCUUUGCUGAUUUUGAUAAACUCAGUGCAGCAGCAUUAGCAGAAGCAGUAGCAACAAUAGAAAGAGCAGCAGCAGCAGUAGUAGUAGUGGCAGCAGCAGCAGCACCAGCAGUGGUUAAUACAAGUUCCACUGUAACAGUACUGUUAAACAAUUAUUUGCAGGAGGCAAAG